AGAUCAUCGUGUUGGCUCAGGGUGAAGACGUUCCAGUAAGGAAUACGUGUGCCUCAGUCGGCGAUGAUUGUCUCCGUUCAUGGAUGCUCAGCAUCAAGCGAGGAUAUCUAGAAGGCGCUGCUUCAUUCGAGGUCAGACUAAAGAAGUGUGAUCGGGAAAAACAGUGGAAGGCAUCGCUUCAAUUGCUCCACGAAGCGAUUCAAUCACGCGUGGAAUUAAUCCCACGUCACUACGUUGUGAUAAUCAGCAUUUGCAGAAGAUGCGGGCAGUGGCAACGGGCGCUGUCGCUCUUCCGUGAGAUGUGCGAGUCCAAGGUGGAGCAGAAUGUCAUCAUCACCUAUAGUGCAGCGAUCAGCGCGUGCGAGAAAGGCGAGCAGUGGCAACGGGCGCUGGCGCUGCUGAGCGAGAUGUGGGAGGCGAAGGUGGAGCCUAACGUCUUUCUACAGCGCUGGGAUCAGCGCGUGCGAGAAGGGCUCUCAGUGGCAGCGGGCGCUGGCGCUGCUGAGCGAGAUCCGGGAGGCGAAACUGGAGCCCCACCUCCAGUCAGCUACAACGCUGGUAUCAGUGCGUGCGAGAAGCGUGAGCAGUGGCAGCGGUCGCUGGCGUUGCUGAGUGAGAUGUGUGAGGCGAAGCUGGAGCCCGACAUCAUCAGCUACACCGCUGGGAUCAGCGCGUGCGAGAAAGGGCUCUCAGUGGCAGCGGGCGCUGGCGCUGCUGAGCGAGAUGGGGAAGGCGAAGCUGGAGCCCAACGUCAUCAGCUACAGCGCUGGGGUAAGCUCCUGCGAGAAGGGCGAGCAGUGGCAGCGAGCACUGUCACUGCUCAGCAAGAUCGGGGAGGCAGAGCUGGAGCGCCUUCAAAGCUCGUGCAGAUCGUGGACGUGGUCAGCCUUAGUCAGCUACAGCGCUGGGAUCAGCGCGUGCGAGAAGGGCUCUCAGUGGCAGCGGGCGCUGGCGCUGCUGAGCGAGAUGUGUGAGGCGAAGCUGGAACCCAACGUCAUCAAUCUACAACGCUGGGAUCAGCGCGUGCGAAAAAGGCAAGCAGUGGCAGCGGUCGCUGGCGCUGCUGAUCGAGAUGCGUGAUGCGAAGUUGGAGCCCACUGUCAUUAGCUACGUCGCUGAGAUCUUCUCGUGUGAGAGGUGCGGCCAGUGGCGGCAGGCGUUGGCGCUGCUCGGCGAGAUGUGGGAGAUGGAUUUGGAGCUGAACAAAAAAAGUUACAACCUGGGUGUCACAACGUAUGAGAGGUCGUCUUGCAACUCUGCAGGAUUCCCAGGCUGCCUUGGGAUCGGUCUUUCGCAUUUCCGAGUAUCUUGCGAAGCACUCAGCGUGUGGUACCCAGCUGGGCAACCAUUGUAAUUACCCGAACGGACAUCCGUAUUUUGAACUUGGCAGCGGCAUUUGAUCGCGCAGGAAGCAGUUUGGGAAACCCUAACCUGGGUUUGCCCUGGCUUGCUACAUCGGCAGGAUCAGCACGCGUGACCGAGGCUGGCAUUGAAAGCUGGCCCUGCCCCGCUGGUCAGCGAGAUGUUGACUGCGAGGCUGGACCCCGAUGUCGACAGCUGUCCAGCGAGAGGGGGGAAGCGAAGCCGGAGCCCAACGCCAUGCGUUCCGCUAUGCUACCCAGCUGCGCGCGUGCGAGAAAACAGCGCCUACUGUGGCAGCGGGGUCGAGGCGGGGCGCCCGCCACCGCUCCCCUCGCCCACCCUCUCGAGGCCCCUCCCUCCUCCCCCUCCUCAGUAUGCAGCAGCAGCCGAGGCGAAGUCCGGUGUCAACGCCAUCACGAAAGCCUUUCGGCAUCAUGUCUGCCUUGGCCCAAUCGCGCUAUCUCGGACAGAUCUCGUGGCCAGUAGGCCACGGGUACAAAAUAAUCAGCUAGGACCAGCGCGCGCGAGAGGGGCGAGCAGUUGCAAGGGGCGCUGGCGCUGCUGUGCGAUAUGCUGGAAGCGAAGGUGGAGUCCGACGUCAUCAGCUGCAACGCUGUGGUUUGAACAAGUGGAUAUAGUGGGCAGUGGUAGCAGCCGCUGUCAUUAUACUUAUGACGUUGCAGCACCAGGGUGUACAACAAAAUUCGUCUAGUUUUGCAGGUGCUAUCGCUGCGCGCGGUCGCCGUGAGAACUGACAGCAGGCGCUGCUAUCAUGUUUAAAAAGCCGGCGUGGCAAGGUGGAGCCAGAGACGUGGAGCCGCAGUGCCACCAUCAGGGCUUUGGUCAAGGGUCUUUUGCGCGGCAA